AUGUCCGCGCUUGGAAGAGAAAACGUAGACGGUGGCUACGUAUAUGGCUCAGAUUCCGAGUUCAUUUCCACAAGCGAUGAGGAUGACGGCUACGCGACCCCCUCAGGCGCGGACUCUGACAAUGAUCUCUCUCGAUUCACGAACUACUUCGAUACUAAUACUGACGAUAAUGUCGACGAAUGGGAAGAUGAAGAGAUCGAUCUUGCCCCAGCCACUGAGGUAGCUCUUACCUCAUCAUUCCACGAUUACUGGUGCCAGUCCAACGAUUUGGUCUUUGACUACAUGUAUUACUGCGAGCCCAUAGUACUCCUGCUUCUGAGCAUGUACUUAGGUCUCUGCGUGGGGUACUUUCUUAGUCCUGGAAGGGACGUACGAGCUUCUGCCCCCGUGCCUACGGUUUUCUCUUCCAUCACGUCCACCGCCUCUCAUCCGGUCACAACAGGCGUUCUGAUUACCGCUACAACUACAACUACGGGAACGAUUGCAUCAGUCAUCUUCACUGCAACUACAACAACUGUCACAGUAACGAUGACGGAAUCGGAUCAAGGUACCGUUUCCGCAACACCGUCUGAAACCUACGACGCUCCUGCUGCCACCAUUGCCCCCUCGCCCGAGGUUCCUUACUCCCCUGAAAGUAAUUGUAUGUUCCUUCGCCGGUGGAGGAGAAACAUUCGGUACGAGACCAGGACAAUGCAAUUAGCUCAACCAAAAUGGCCCGUAUCCAAGUUCGUCGACCGUGUGAUCUUAUCAAUGGAUAGAUUCAUUAGAGACGUCGAGCGGUGUCUGGACAAAGGGAGAUAUCCCCGCACGGCUGGUGAGGACGAUCAAAAUAAGCUACGGCAAGAAUCGCCACGGCAGAAAGACAGGAGACAUCCCGAAAGCUCACAAGCUCCGUUGGAAGAGAAAAAGAACGAGCAGCGCUCUACUCGGGAUGAGCUAGAGAAGAUAGAAGAGGAGUCGAUGCAGAUAGAGACAGCCCUGGAGAGGCUUCGGGAAGAGCAGGCGAGGCUGAAGAAAGAAUAUCAGGAAGAGCAGAGAAAGGCGAUAGGGAACUACUGGGUCGAGUGGGUGAGGCGGAUGAUGAAUGAGGUUGAGGGGCUAGUGAGGUAG